AUGGGCUGGGCUGAUACCGUCAACGCCAAGGUGGCCGCCAGCCCCGUCGGCUACUGGUUCCAUCUCGAUGGCAGCGGUCAUCCCCGGCAACGCCACGGAUCCUACUUCUUGACCGAAAUUCGCGCCGGGCUCGCCAGCUUCUUCGCCAUGGCGUACAUCAUCGCCGUCAACUCGGCCGUCGUCGCCGACUCGGGCGGCACUUGCGUUUGCCCGCGCACCAAGGAGGAUCCCCUCUGCAACAGCGACGAGGCCUAUGCCCUCUGCGUCGAGGGCAUCAAGCGCGACGCCGUCACCGCCACGGCGGCCAUAUCCGCCCUGUCCACCUUCUGCAUGGGCGUCCUGGCCAAUCUACCCGUCGGUCUCGCUCCUGGAAUGGGUCUGAAUGCGUACUUUACCUACACCGUCGUCGGCCGGCACGGCAGCGGUCUCAUCCCCUACCGAGUCGCCCUCACGGCCAUCUUCAUCGAAGGCUUCAUCUUCCUCGGUCUCGCCAUCUGCGGCAUGCGUCAGUGGCUCGCCCGCGCCAUUCCUCGCUCCAUCAAGCUCGCGACGGCCGUCGGCAUCGGCCUCUUCCUCGCCAUCAUUGGCCUCACGUACGGCGAGGGCAUCGGCCUCAUCGUCGGCUCCCGCACGACCCCGACCGAGCUCGCCGGCUGCUCGCCCCAGCACAUCGACCCGGCCACCGGUACGUGCCCGAGCUGGAGCAAGAUGCGCUACCCGGCCAUGUGGCUGGCCAUCUUCUGCGGCGGCUUCCUCACCGUCCUCCUCAGCCUGUACCGGGUCCGUGGCGCCAUCAUCAUCGGCGUCAUCCUCGUCAGCGUCAUAUCCUGGCCGCGGGGCACCUCGGUCACCUAUUUCCCCGACACCCCCAUCGGCGACAGCUCGUUUGCCUUUUUCAAAAAGGUUGUCGACUUCCAUCCCAUCGAGAAGAUCCUCAACGUCCAGCAGUGGAACAUCAAGGACCACGGCGCCCAGUUCGGUCUCGCGCUCAUCACCUUUCUCUACGUCGACAUCCUCGACUGCACGGCUACCCUCUACAGCAUGGCCGGCUUCGCGGGACUCGUCGACCCCGUCACCCAGGACUUUGAGGGUUCCUCGGUCGCCUACAUGGUCGAUGCCGUCUGCAUCUCCAUUUCCGCCAUCCUCGGCAUGCCUCCCGUCACCGUCUUCAUCGACUCCGGCGCCGGAAUAUCGGAGGGCGGCAAGACGGGACUGACAGCCGUCGUCACGGGUCUGUGCUUUUUCAUCUCCAUCUUCUUCGCCCCCAUCUUCGCCUCGAUCCCGCCUUGGGCGACGGGCUGCGUGCUGAUCCUCAUCGGCUCCAUGAUGGUUAGUUCCGUCACCGACAUCAACUGGAAAUACAUGGGCGACGCCAUCCCGGCCUUUCUCACCAUCGCGCUCAUGCCCUUUACCUUUUCGAUUGCCGACGGCCUCAUCGCAGGUGUUUGCUCCUACAUGAUCAUAAACACCGUUGUCUGGCUCAUCAAGGUGGCCACUCGCGGGCGCAUCGUCCCGCCCAACAUCGACGACAAGGAACCGUGGACGUGGCGGAUCCCCGGUGGGCUCCUGCCGCCUUGGCUCACUCGCCUCCGUCGCAAGAACGGCGUCGGACACGAGGAUCAACAAGGGAACGCGGGCGGUGAUGGGCAGGAUCCCAAGAGCAGCGGCGACCCCUAUCCAGAUGGUGGCUCGGAUUCCGGUCGAGGUGCGGAAACCACAACGAUCGUUGUGAAGGAAUGA